AUGACAGGAGAUUUAAAUAAAAAAGUCAAGAAGGUUGCAGAAAUAAAGGCACUUUACUACAAAACAAUGAUAAAAGUAGAGGAAAAACUUAUUGAAUACCAAAGAGAACUAAAUGAUUUAAACAUUGACAUUUCAACUGAGACUAAGGAAUACAUUAAUAGAAGACUUGAAGAAGCAAAAAUUAAUGUUGUCAAUUGUAUAAGCAAUCAAAUCGGUGUCAUACUCCUUCCAUACACCGAGACACACAUCUAUGACACCAAGAGACGUCCUAAAAGAUUUUCAAAAAAGGUUGUUGAUAUACUUGAGGAAAGUUUUCUAAAAGAUAAAUAUCCCGGUAACAGUGAAAAGAAUAAACUAGCAAAUUUGUGUUUAAUUACUUCUAAACAAGUUAAUAAUUGGUUUACUAAUAAAAGAAACAGAGCUAAAAAUCUACAUGAAACUAGAGAAUUCUAUAGAAAAGAAUAA